AUGCCCUUCACCCCCCGCACCGCCAGCCUCUCCCGCACAACCAACGAGACCAAAAUCCAAGUCUCCCUCUCCCUCGACGGCGGCGUCCUCCCCGCCUACGAACCCACCGACCACUUCCCCUCCCCCUCCGACCCCCAAGAAGCAGAAGCCGCAAAACAUGGCAUAGUCCCGCAAAAGGAUGCCGCGCAUGCGACGCAAUUCACGGCCACGCAGCAGAUCACCAUUAGCACGGGGAUAGGCUUCUUGGAUCAUAUGCUGCAUGCGCUGGCGAAGCAUUCUGGGUGGAGUUUAGCUGUAAGGGCUAAGGGAGAUAUUUACAUCGACGACCACCACACAACAGAAGACACCUUCCUCGCCCUCGGCAGCGCCUUCACACAAGCCCUCGGCGCGCGCGCCUCAAUCACCCGUUUCGGCCGCGGCGACGCCCCCCUCGACGAAGCCCUCUCGUGGGCUGUUAUCGACCUCUCCUCGCGCGCCUGGUCCGUGAUCAACAUCGGGUUCCGGCGCGAAAAGAUCGGCGAUCUAAGCACGGAGAUGAUCACGCAUGGACUGCACAGUUUCGCGCAGGCGGCGAAUGUCACGCUGCAUAUCGGAUGCACGUACGGGGAUAAUGACCACCAUCGGGCAGAGAGUGCGUUUAAGGCAUUGGCUGUUGCGGUGCGGACGGCUUGUGCGAGGCGUGGAGAGGGGGAGGUUGGGGCGGGGGAUAUUGUUAGUACGAAGGGUGUUCUUUGA